ACCCCUGCCAUUUUUAUUAAAAAAAUCCAAUAAUCGGAGCCCAACCCAAUCCCGCGGCGGGCUUAGAAAGGACCGCUUUUGAAGUGUGUCGUGAGUUGGCAGUCUUCUUUUCCCUUUUAUUUUAAAGGGCAAAUUAAGCUUUACUUAAUCGUUAAGACUCGUGAAGAAGAAGAAGAAGGAAGACAGGUAUUAUAUAUCCACCCUCAGAUCUCGGUAUGUUUUUUCUCCAAUCGUCGUCUCUCUAUCACUGUAAUUAAUUUCUAAGAUCUCGAUUCAUCUUCUCCUUCUCGAUCGUUUUUUUGUGGUUCUGUUGAUUUUCAUUACUGUAACUUUAAUUAGUUGCUGGAAGAUUGAUUGAUUAAUGGCUACGGGUGCACCGAGCUGGGCAGAUCAAUGGGGCGAAGAAGACAACCCUGAGAAGAAGAUGGAGCAGAAGAAGAAGAAGAAGGAAGCUCCGUUUUCUGCGAAAUUCAAAGAUCUGAUGGCCGAUACGACUCAGAAGAGCAAAGAUGCGGCUUCAAAGGCCGUCAGGUUUGUCAAGAGCAAAUUGCCAUCGCCGAAUAAGAAGAAGAAUUCUACUUGAAGAAGAAGAAGAUGAAGAAGAUGGGGGGAUGAUCUGAUUCUACUGCUGAUAUAAUAAGAUUGAUAUUGUGUUUGUGUAAUUAAUUAAUUAAUUUGCCUCUUCCGUUUGAAUUUUGAUACUCCAUUGUCAAUGGUCCUUUCAAGAUUAUUAUCGCUCCCAAUUCACUUUUAUCGGAUGAAUUAACCUAGGGUACAUGGAUAACCCAUAAUACACCAAACACACAAAAUGUCGCACAGACAUUUUGUG